AUGUCAUCUGACUCUUCUGUCACUGUCCGUGAUGAAUCGGGAGAGCCGCUUGCCAAACGCCAGAAGACUUUCGAUUAUGGACCAGAAGCUCUUGUCCUAAGAGUUGACACCACGUGCGAUGGCAGUGGCUCUGAGGAAUACAUUAAAACAGUUGCUGUCGUGAGCGCCGCCAAAUUUCACAGAGCUACUAAAGGCCGGUUCAAGACCUCACCAGCAAGUAUGACUCAUAAUGGAACGCAGUUGAUGGAUACCAAGAUGAGUAUUAUCAUCUUCCGCAAAGAAUUAGAGUCAGUCAUCAGAGCUCUAGCUCACUGGGUCCAAGAAGAUGACAUUGACGAGGCUGUCUUGAAAGCCUGCGAUGCCGAUGAUGGUAGAAAGGCCCGUUGGGUUCAGCUUCUCUUCCAUGUCAUCGAAUUCUGGCUCAGGAACAACCUUGAUAAGUCGGUCCACGAUCGACUAAUCGACUGCUUCAUUGAGUGGCUUAAGGAAGAGAACAAUCAAGGAUCCGAUAUGCAAGAUGCCAUCGAAAACAUCGAUCGUGCUGUUCAGAGCUUCCUUUGGGCACAAAUCCCGGAUUUCAAGGCUGACUCCCGCGUUAUUCCACUUUUGGCAUGUCUCACUCUAUACUAUGAUCCGACAGCUCUCGGCCCCUGCGAUCGUGAGGAACGAUUUGAGGAGAACAGCUUGAGUCCGGACAUCAACGACGAAGCAUACACAUACUUACUUGCUAAGUGGAACGAUGGUGUAAAUGUACCGGAGGAUCCCUUGGAAGAUGACUUCGAUCAACACUGCCGUUACCACCUGCACGGUGACAAAGAAGCUUGUUACAAGCAAAAGCAGUCUUGGAGGGCUUGA